GUUCCAUUUACACAACCAAUUGCAGGAAAGAAUGAAGCUUUAUAUCGCUCUUGCAUUGAUUGGCAUUUGCGCUUUUGCGCUUGCCAAAGAAGUAGAACAGGAUAGCACAAAUGAAUCCACUGAUCUUGAAGAUCCUACAUACUACAGAAGCUGUGGACCUUAUAGACGCUAUAGUUCUGCAACCCACUAUUGCUACCGAAACAAACUUUACAGCAGAAAAUACUAUCGAUAUUGCGGAAAAUACAUCUACAACAUCAGGAGUAAUUUCUGUUUCCGAAGACGUGUCUAUGCAAAGAAGUAUUACCGUAUCUGUGGCUACGGUGUUUGUAACAGACGUACUCAGUUUUGCUGGAAGAGAAGAUGCUACUCAAAGAGAUGGUACAGAAUCUGUGGAUAUAAAGUAUGCAACAAACAUACUCAAUUCUGUUGGAGACGUAAAUGCUACGCCAAGAGAUGGUACAAAAUCUGUGGAUAUGGUGUUUGCAAUAAACACACUCAAUUCUGUUGGAGACGUCGAUGCUAUUUGAAAAAAUGGUAUAGAAUCUGUGGUUAUGGAGUUUGUCACAAGCGAACACAUUUCUGUCACCGACGUCGAUGUUACAGCAAAAAAUUGUAUGGCUAUUGUGGAAAAUCUAUCUACCGAAAAAGUAGCUACCGAUGUUACUACAACAAACUUCAACCAUACAAGCCAUACUAAAUGAAAUGUUGUAAAUUUUAUCAGGUGUUGGUUGAAUAUACAAAAAUGAGCAUUUAAAA